UUAAUUAUAUACUUAUAAACGAAAUAUUAUUAUAUUUUAUAAAUUGCUAACAAAAAUAUUUUAAUUUCAAAUGCAUUUACUUUUGUUUGUUUUCCUCUCCCAUGACUUAAAAUAGUUUUUAAUAAAUUGUGAUUUUAUUGGUAAUUGUGUUGAAGUGUUUGUGAUUUCAUUGUCUUACGGGUUGUGUUAUAAUGUCGUUCAUGGCUUGUGUGUUGACCGUAAGCGACACUUGCGAUGUCGACCACUCAAAGGACACGAGUGGACCGCUGCUGACCAGUCGGCUCACCGGUAAGGGCUUUGAUAUGAUCGAGACGGCUAUUGUGGCCGACGAUGUGCUCAGGAUUCAGGGUAAACUGUGCGAGUGGUCCGAUAGAGCUCUCGGUGUGGAUUUAAUUGUAACAACCGGUGGCACCGGCUUUACAGCACGCGAUGUCACUCCAGAGGCAACCAAAGCCAUUGUGGACAGGGAUGCGCCCGGUAUUGCUCACGCCUUGAUUAGCGGUUCGUUGAAAGCGACACCAAUGGCUAUGUUAUCGAGGUUAAGUGCGGGCAUAAGAAAGCGGACACUAAUAAUAAAUUUUCCGGGAAGUGCUAAAGCGUGCGACGAGUGUCUCGCUAUUGUGGAGCCGGUGUUGUCUCACGCCAUACAUCAGUUGAGGGGCGACACCACAGCCACCGCUUCCGCUCAUAAACAACUACAGCAACCGCUUAGAAGCAAAGUUCAACUGCAAAGCGUUGGUCUGCGGCCCCGACACUCGCAGUACCCCAUGAUCUCGAUGGACACCGCUAUCAAUAGGAUUAUUGGCGAGUGUGUGGCCAUCACUGACGUUGAAUACAUCGAUUUGGAUUGUUUGGAUCAGUUGAUGGGGCGAUUGCUGGCCGACAGUAUUUGUGCCGCUGUGCCUUUGCCGCCAUUUCGGGCCUCUAUUAAAGAUGGCUAUGCAGUAGUGGCGGCGGACGGUUCCGGUGAUCGCAAAGUAUUGGCAAAAGCGGCCACAGCUGGCGGUCAGGUGCCGAUGGAGAGCAUUGAACUGACCAGUGGUUGCUGUAUGCGAGUCAGUACGGGUGCGCCACUGCCCGCCGGUUGCGAUGCCGUGGUUCAGGUUGAGGACACCAAAGUUGUCCAAUUGUCCGAAAGUGGAGAAGAAUUAGUGAUUUGUAUUGAAAAUGUGCCCAAAGUUGGUCAGGAUAUACGUCCCGUGGGUUGCGAUAUCCCAUGCGAUGGCAAACCAAUUGUGAACCGAUUCACUCAAUUGGGACCAAUAGAGUUGGGUCUCUUGGCCUCUAUCGGUAUUCAUACGCGGAUCCCAGUGUUUAGACGACCAGUGGUGGCCGUACUGUCCACAGGCGAUGAGAUCGGAAACGUAGGCCAAACUCUGGGCCCAUAUCAGGUGUGGGACUCUAAUCGGCCGAUUUUGAUGUCACUUCUGCGCCAAAACGGCGUCCAAUCCAUGGAUUUGGGAAUAGCUGUGGACGACGUGAACGACGUGUUCGGUCGUAUGAGACGCGGACUAUUGGCCGCCGAUGUGCUCAUCACAUCGGGUGGCGUAUCGAUGGGUGAACGGGAUCUGCUUAAGCACGUGAUGGAAGUGGACUUCGGCGCACAAAUACACUUCGGACGCGUAAACGUAAAGCCCGGAAAACCGGUCACUUUUGCCACCGUUUCUAUCGAUGGUCGCAAAAAAUACAUUUUUGGUUUACCAGGCAAUCCUGUCAGCGCUUUUGUCACAUUCAACCUCUUUGUCAAACCAUUGCUCGACUGUCUGUCCAACAAAGACACUGUCAAUGGGUUAGCGGACAUCAAGACAUACCAGCGCUGCCAACGCGUGAGACUUGAAUGCGAUGAAAAGGUGUACCGUUUGGACGAUAGGCCAGAGUUCGCCCGCGCGGUCGUCUCGUUUGGUACGACAGGAUUGGAGGCCGGAUUCCCGACGGCCCGACUCACUGGUAAUCAACGGAGUAGUCGCCUCUUGAGUGCCAAAGACGCCAACGCUUUGGUAUUAUUGCCACAAAAGUCCGAUUCAGUCGAUAAGAUUAGUUGCGGUGAUUUUGUGACCGCUUUUCUCAUCUGA